CAGAGACAAGUCUUGUCUCUGCUCGUAACCUCAAUUAUCCGUAAGUCGGUUCAAGUUAUGUUUGUGUUUAUAAAUAAGUGAUACUUUCAUAUUUUUCUGGUGCUACUUUAAUAGGAAGUAUUAGGGGGAAGUGUUACAAUGGAAUUCCUAAUAGCCAAUGUGGAACACUUUAAAUUUGACAUCGAGAUUGCUCUAGAGGAACAGUAUGGGGCUUUACCGCUUCCAUUUCCUGGAAUGGACAAAUCAACCACAGCUGUAUGUCAGUUUUACGGCACACAACAAGGAUGCGUUAAGGGCAUCAAUUGCCCAUUUCGUCAUAUUAGAGGGGACAGAACUAUCGUCUGCAAACAUUGGCUUCGAGGGCUUUGUAAAAAAGGUGACCAGUGUGAAUUCUUGCAUGAAUAUGAUAUGACCAAAAUGCCGGAAUGCUAUUUCUAUUCACGGUUUAAUGCCUGUCAUAACAAAGAGUGUCCGUUUCUUCACAUUGAUCCCGAGAGCAAAAUUAAAGACUGUCCAUGGUAUGAUAGAGGAUUUUGCAGACAUGGCCCCCAUUGCAGGCAUAGGCAUGUAAGGAGAGUGUUGUGCACCAAUUACUUAGCCGGCUUUUGCCCAGAUGGUUCAAAGUGCAAAUAUAUGCAUCCACGUUUUGAGUUACCCGCUCCGCCAGAUCAAAAAACGCAAGAUAAGAACAAACCGCCCGUAAUCAUUUGCCAUUUUUGUGGAGAGCAUGGACAUAAAGCAAUUCAUUGCAAUAAAAUGUCCGAACACCAUCACCAGAAAGAGUUGCAAAUGUUAAUGAAUAGCGACGAAAAUAGACGGGAAAUCUUAGGUGUGCCCAGACCGCAGCUAAAGAAAUUGGAGGAUGUCACUUGUUACAAGUGUGGUUCUAAGGGGCAUUACGCUAAUAAAUGCCCGAAAGGCCAUUUGGCGUUUUUAUCCCAGAAAGCUAAUCAACUCAAACAAGAAAAAUUUGGAGCUCAAAAUAAAAUUCCUGGUUCUGAGAAUCCCGAUUUACAUUUAUAAUUAUGAAUGUUUCCAUCUGAUUAAUAAACGCAAACUGUUGGUUUUCUAUGAAAUAUUACUUGAUCACCAACGAGUUUAAAACUACAACAAACAUAGGACUAAGGCAUAGUUAUUAUAAUUUUAUCUUAAGUCUUUUAAUUCGUUUGACCUCUACUUGGCUAAAGUUUAUAUAAAGACGGUUUUGUUAUGCAUUUACUAUAAAACAAAACUAAAAACUUCUUCUCCAAGUGCUGCUUCAAAGAAACAGAACAAUAAAUAGACUUACGAAAAUAAUACGGAUAAUGAUGACAGAGCUGAAGGCGGAGUUAGAAAGCCUUUGAGCUGUAUUUGAAUAAAUUUUUGGAGAAAGAAUUCGUUAGCAUUGUGUGUUAAGUAUAAGUUUCUUAGUUUA